GACAGAGCCGCCCACGCGCAGGCAACGCCAACUCGCCGAGUAUUAAAAAAGCGUUGCGAGGCAGAGCAAAGCAAGCAGACAGCAACCCAAGUUGGUAGCCUCCUCGUCCCGUCAAAGCCCCCACGCGGCUCGUACGCCGACGCCGCACGCAUGGGCGGCCCGUCGGCGGCGCCCCCCGCGUGGAUGGCCGCCGCCGCCCGCAGGUGGCUGGAGGACGCCGGAGCCACUGGGGACGACGGGACCGGCCGGGCGUUCAACGCGCUGCCGCUCUCCGGCGUGCGCGUGGUGCUCGCCGAGCGCGGUCGCGCGCUCUGCUCGCUCCGCGUGCCCGCCCACCUCACCGACGCGGAGGGGAACUGGCACGCGGGGGCCAUCGCGGCGGCGGCGGACGACGUUUGCGCGGCGGCGAUCAUGUCCGUCGAGGGCAUCAUCAAGGUUUCCGUCCACUAUGACAUCUCCUACUUCUCACCGGCCAAGCUCCAUGAGGAAGUUGAGAUGGACGGGAGGGUGGUGGAGCAUAAAGGGAGGAUGACGGCGGUGAUGGUGGAGAUCCGGAAGGAGUCCGGCGAGCUGGUGGCGAUCGUAAGGCAGUGGAUGACGGCCUCCAGGCCGAAAGGGGCUCAGAGCAAGAUUUGAUGCUUCAUCUUUGCGUCGAUUGCACUGAAACGGCGUUGAGUGAACUAAACUAGCAGCAGCUCGAGGUAAUUACUGGCUGAGGUACAGUUAGCUUCCUGUAACAGGAGAUGAGUUUUAUGUCUUGUGAUUCACCUGGGAAUUCAGGUCGAUGUGUUGUGUUGUCCCCUUUCAGCAUUGGCAAAAAAAGAAAAUCUGAAGUCUGUCCUGCGUUGCUCUC